AGAUUCAGUGACACAGUGCUGUGUGUACAGUGACGUGUUUUAUCCGGUCUAUCGAAAGGAAAGAUAAAAGCAACAAUUGCGGAAAAGGAGCAUCCCAUUUGCAACUCUACAAGGGACAACAACGCCGGAAACCCGACGACAACGUCGACGACGAAGAACGUCGCAGCAUCAGAAGAGGAAUCUUUGGGUGUGUAAUUCGGGUCGGGUGGAAGAUCCCGAGCGAAUUGCGUCGAUUUUUUCUCCUAUAAAAUAAAAGAACGAAGAAAAAAAAUAAAGUAAUACCCCGGAAACUCGACACUCGGAGGAUUUCCCACACAUCAGAGAAGACGGGUUCGGAUCCGGAAGAGACCAGCGGCCAGCGUGGGUCUCGCCGCAGGCGGUCGCUGAAACCCGUUGUGUUGGUUUUGCGCGACUGCAAUCAUUCUGCGGGAUCUUGUCUUUUAUUUGAACAUACGACAAAAAUAGAAGGAGAAAAUCGUGGGCAGCAACAAGGGGGAAAAAACAUCGUUGCUCGAUGAAGGGAAACGCGGUGUCGGAUUUCGUGACCGCGGGAAUAAUCGCUGGGCUGCUCCUUACUGUCGUCGCCUUCUCUGGAGUGGACGCAGUGGAGUGCUACUUAUGCAGCUGGUCGAACCGUGAUUUUUGGAACAUGACUGGGCUGUGUUACCCCGGAAACUUCACCUCAAAUUACGGAAUCCGCAUGGAAUGUCCAAAGGGAUGCGAGAUGAGCUUUCUUUUCGACAAGGAUGGCAUUCCAACACAUUUUUACCGGAAUUGCGCACCCGCGAACAGACCAAUCAGCAAUCAAUGGAAAACUCACCACAACGAUUACGGAUAUCGAAAAAUGUACACAUGCGACUGGCAUUUGUGUAACGGCGCAAUGGAGAACCUGGCUCCAUCUUCGAUCUCACUCUUCCUCGUCUUGCAGCUUUCCAUGUGGGUUACCAGCUUCUUCGUGAACGCCGUGGGUGCAUCACAAAAUGCUCGAGUGAUACAAAGAACAAAGCGUUGAAAGGGUCGCGCGAGUUCAACACAGCAGAAAUCAACAAGCGCUGAUCGCGAGCAGGGGAAUUAUUCGCAGUGCUGGACGGAUCGAGAGCUACAAAGAUAUCGUCAUGAUACAAAUCCAUUUCACUUCUUUGUUGCACCGAUGUCACCCUAAAUCCUCGAGAAGACUUCGGAUGAAAGACCCAGAUGUGUUCAUGGUUUAAAAAAUUAGCAUAAAAAAAUGCAGGAUUUAAAUAAAACUGCGCAAAAAUUUAAUUGACCGUGGUUGCUAACUUCAUCAUCGCGACUUUGCAACGCUGCCAAAAUCAAUAAGAAAAAGUUGAACAUUGA